AUGCCUGUCUCUGUUCCCAAAUCUACUAGGCAUUUAUUGACUUUCUACCACAGCCUCCAUGACCUGUUCAGCCUGAAGGGCAAGGUCGUCAUUGUCACUGGUGCAUCCGGUGCCACUGGCAUUGGCACCGAGGCCGCCCGUGGCUGCGCCGAAUUUGGUGCCGACGUCGCCAUCACUUACAGCUCCCGCCCACAAGGAGGUGAGAAGAAUGCAAAGGAAAUCUCUGAGAAAUACGGCGUCAAGUGUAUCCCAUACAAGUGCAACGUCGGCGACUAUGCCGACGUGCAGAAGUUGGUCGAGAACGUCAUCAAGGACUUCGGCAAGAUCGAUGUCCUGAUCGCAAACGCUGGCCGCACUGCCAACGCCGGUGUCCUGGAUGCCAGUGUUGAUGACUGGAAGGAGGUCAUCGACACCGAUCUGACUGGCGUAUUCCACUGCGCCAAGGCCGUCGGCCAUCAUUUCAAGGAGAGACAAACUGGCUCGCUCGUCAUCACUGCCUCCAUGUCAGGUCACAUUGCCAACUUCCCUCAGGAACAGACUUCUUACAACGUUGCUAAGGCUGGCUGUAUCCACCUGGCUCGCUCUCUUGCCAACGAAUGGCGGGACUUCGCCCGCGUCAACUCAGUUUCCCCUGGCUAUAUCGACACUGGCCUGUCUGACUUCAUCGACAAGAAGACUCAAGAUCUCUGGCACAGCAUGAUUCCUCUCGGCCGUGAUGCUAAGGCUACCGAGCUCAAGGGUGCCUACGUCUAUCUUGCGUCCGAUGCUAGCUCGUAUACCACUGGUGCCGAUAUUGUCAUCGAUGGUGGCUACACGGCUCGUUAG